UAAGAGCGCUAUAGGAACCUGGCGAGGACCGCGCGGUGGGGGGCGGUGGCCCUGCGAUGUCGCUGGUGUUGCUGAGUUUGGCUGCGCUGUGCCAGGGUGCCCAGCCCCCGGAGCCGACGAUUCAGUGUGGCUCUGAGAAUGGACCUUCUCCAGAGUGGCUGGUCAGUCACACUCUGACCCCAGGAGACUUGAGGGACCUUCGAGUGGAACCUGUUGUAACAGAAAGCUCUUCAAUUUUGAUGAACAUAAGCUGGAUACUCCGAGCAGAUGCCAGCAUCCGCUUUCUGAAGGCCACCAAGAUCUGUGUGUCAGGCAAAAGCAACGUCCAGUCCUACAGCUGCGUGAGGUGCAAUUACACAGAGGCCUUCCAGACUCAGACCAGACCCUCUGGAGGCAAAUGGACGUUUUCCUACAUUGGUUUCUCUGUGGAGCUGAACACACAAUAUUUCAUUGGGGCCCAUAACAUCCCCAAUGCAAAUAUGAAUGAUGACAGCCCCUCAUUGUCUGUGAAUUUCACCUCACCAGGCUGCCUAGACCAUCUAAUGAAAUACAAAACCCAGUGCAUCCAGGCAGGAAGUCUGUGGGAUCCAAACAUCACAGCUUGUAAGAAGGAUGAGAAGACGGUAGAAGUGAAUUUUACAACCAGUCCCCUUGGAAACAAAUACAUGGCUAUUAUCCAAAAUAAAAAUCUGAUUGGGUCUUUGGUUUUGGAGAGCAAACUAACUCACGUGUCGGUCAUGGUUCCAGUGACCCAGGAGAGUGAAGGUGCUGUGGUCCAGUUGACUCCGUAUUUCCGCACCUGUGGCAACGACUGCAUCCGUCGCAAAGGAACCGUUGUACUUUGUCCACAAACAGAUAUGUCCUUCCCUUUGGAUAACAGCAGAAGCAUGCUCAGUGGCUGGCUGCCUCUCCUCCUCCUGGCCCCACUGGCAGCCACGGGGAUGCUGGCGGCUGGGACCUGUCUCAUGUGGAGGCACGAAAGGAUCAAGACUUCCUUCCCCACCACCACACUACUGCCCCCCAUUAAGGUUCUUGUGGUUUACCCACCCGAAAUAUGUUUCCAUCACACAGUUUGUUACUUCACUGAAUUUCUUCAGAACCACUGCAGAAGUGAGGUUAUCCUUGACAAGUGGCAGAGAAAGAAAAUAGCCGAGAUGGGUCUGGUGCAGUGGCUCACCGCUCAGAAGAAAGCCGCGGAAAAAGUCAUUUUCCUUCUUUCCAAUGAUGUCAACACUGUGUGUGAUGGUACCUGUGGCAAGAGCAAGGGCAGCCCCGGUGAGAACUCCCAAGACCUGUUCCCCCUGGCCUUUAACCUCUUCUGCAGCGACCUGAGGAGCCAGACUCAUCUGCACAAAUACAUGGUGGUCUACUUUAGAGAGGCUGAUAUCAAAGACGAUUACAAUGCCCUCAACGUCUGCCCCAAGUACUGUCUCAUGAAGGACGCUGGCGCUUUCUGCACAGAACUGCUCCAUGCCGAGCAGCACGUGUCGGUGGGGAAAAGGCUGCGAGCCUGCCACAGCUGCUCCUCCGUGUAGCCCACCCACGGGAAGCGAGAACUUGAAGCCUUCCUACCCCUCCGGUUAGAAAAGCUUCUGUGUUGGUUCUGGAGUUUACUGUAUAGGCUACUCGUAGGGCCGAUUGUAUGUAUAUAACUGCUUUAGUAAUAGGGAGGACUCAUAACGGAACGUAUACGUCUUAGUCUAGUAAUUAAAAAAUUUAUGCCACUAGUUACAAAUAUUACUAACUACUGCAGUACUAACUGAAGAAUGGAAACUACAUUUAUAAUUAUAAAGCUAAAUCAAUUUCAUAACUAAAAAUAACAGUUAUAACAUGAAACCGUACCAUCUGACAAUGCAGUAAGAAAGCCUCUUCCAGCUGAACGUCCAGUCUUGAAUAGUCCCUGCCCUGCAUUGUAGGCAGACGUGUUUAGCUUUGUAACGUGCUAAGAUUAAUUAAUUAAUGCCAAAUUUAGUAAGCCCUAGCUAAUUCACUCAAUAAUUUCUUAGGUAAAAACUCGCUCUCACACACAUCUUUAUUUUUAACAAAAAUAGGAACAACAGGCUAAACCCAUCUUUGCUGACCAGACGACCUAGUAUAUUUGUACCCAUUUGUAUUUGGCAUUUUCAUAGGACCUUCCCUCUCUGAACUAGGUUCAUGUCCUAUUUGCCUCUUGUACAGGUGACUUUCACAUGAACACCAAAAUACACUUGCAGACCUGUUGUCUACUUCUGUCCAGUUACCUAUUAGAGGUCACCGUCAGAGUUCAGUUUCUUGAUUAUGUAAAUUUUUGUGUUUAGAACAAAAAUAAUUCCUAUUACGUUGGAAGACAGCCCUCUUGAAGUAAUUAAUCUUAUGAGUUAUUAUAAUGGCUUACUUAGGUAAAAACAAACU